AUGUCGAGCCAACCGGUACAACGGUUUAUUCAGUUUGGAGCCCACAAGGGCAAGGGUAUCGCCGUCUUCACUAGCGGUGGCGAUUCUCAGGGCAUGAAUGCGGCCGUCCGAGCCGUGGUGCGCAUGGGAAUCUAUGUUGGAUGCAAGGUUUACUUCAUCCGCGAAGGCUACCAGGGUAUGGUGGACGGUGAGGACAAUAUCGUCGAGGCUAACUGGUCAUCGGUGUCGAGCAUUAUCCACCGGGGUGGCACCGUAAUCGGUUCGGCCCGCUGCAAGGACUUCCGCGAACGUGCCGGUCGUCUACAGGCCGCCUACAAUCUCGUUUCCCGCGGCAUCACCAACCUGGUCGUGAUCGGUGGCGAUGGUUCGCUCACCGGUGCCAACCUGUUCCGGCAGGAGUGGGGCAGCUUGCUGGACGAGCUGCUGGCCAGCAAUCGGAUCACGCAGGACCAGCGCAUCAAGUACAACAGCCUGCACAUCGCCGGUAUGGUCGGAUCGAUCGACAAUGAUUUCUGCGGUACCGACAUGACGAUCGGUACGGAUUCGGCACUGCAUCGCAUUAUCGAGGCGAUCGAUGCGAUCGUCAGCACGGCUUACUCCCAUCAACGUACCUUCAUCAUGGAGGUUAUGGGACGUCACUGUGGUUACCUGGCCAUAAUGGCUGCUUUAGCUAGCGAGGCGGACUUUGUAUUCAUACCGGAAGAUCCCGUUGUCCACAAUUGGCCAGAAAAGCUAUGUAAGAAGAUCCUGCAGGAGCGUUCUGCCGGGCAGCGUUUGAACAUCAUCAUCGUGUCGGAGGGCGCAAUCGACCGGGACGGCAAUCCGAUUACGGCGGAGAAGGUCAAGCAAGUGGUCGUUGAUCGACUGCAGCAGGACACGCGCAUCACCGUGCUGGGUCACGUGCAGCGUGGUGGCAAUCCGAGUGCGUUCGAUCGUGUGCUGGGUUGCCGGAUGGGUGCGGAAGCGGUGCUGGCACUGAUGGAAGCGGACGACAAGACGGAACCGUGCGUUGUAUCGCUGGACGGUAACCAGGCCGUGCGAGUCCCACUGAUGGAAUGCGUCCAGCGAACGAAGGCGGUGGCGAAAGCAAUGGAGGAUAAGAAUUGGGAGCUGGCAGUGCAACUGCGCGGUCGUUCGUUCGCACGCAAUCUCGAGACGUACAAGAUGCUGACGCGCCUGAAGCCACCGAAGAGUGCUUUCGACGAGCAGGGCCGUGGUGUGGGUGGCUACACGAUGGCGGUAAUGCAUAUCGGGGCACCGGCCUGUGGCAUGAAUGCGGCAGUACGGUCAUUUGUCCGCAACUGCAUCUACCGUGGCGAUACGGUGAUGGGCAUUCACGAUGGCAUUGAGGGUUUGGUGGCGGGUCACAUCAAGAAGAUGGAAUGGUCCGACGUGACUGGAUGGGUGGGACAGGGCGGUGCCUUCCUCGGCACGAAGCGCACACUGCCCGAGGGUCAGUUUAAGGAGAUUGCCGCACGGCUCAAGGAGUUUGGCAUCCAGGCACUGCUGAUCGUGGGCGGGUUCGAGGCGUACCAUGCGGCUGGCCAAAUUACGGAUCAGCGCUCCAAGUACAAUGAGUUCUGCAUCCCGAUCGUCGUCAUUCCGUCCACCAUCUCAAACAACAUGCCCGGCACGGAAUUCUCGCUCGGUGCCGACACCGGGCUGAACGAGAUCACGGAGAUCUGCGACCGCAUCCGCCAGUCGGCGCAAGGUACGAAGCGGCGCGUGUUUGUCAUCGAGACGAUGGGUGGGUACUGCGGAUAUUUGGCCACGCUGGCGGGAUUGGCCGGUGGUGCCGACGCGGCCUACAUCUACGAGGAGAAGUUUACGAUCAAGGAUCUGCAGCAAGACGUGUAUCAUAUGGCGUCGAAGAUGAGCGACGGUGUCCAGCGUGGUCUCAUUCUGCGCAAUGAGAAAGCGUCCGAUAACUAUAACACCGAGUUCAUCCAUCGGCUGUACUCGGAGGAAGGCAAGGGUCUGUUCUCCACGCGCAUGAACGUGCUCGGCCACAUGCAGCAGGGUGGUUCGCCGACUCCCUUCGAUCGUAACAUGGGCACCAAGAUGGCGGCCAAGUGCGUCGAGUGGCUGGUGGAGCAGCUGAAGGCUAACACGCAGCCGGACGGUUCGAUUAAGGCGACGUCCCCGCAAACGGCCUGUCUGCUUGGGCUUGUGCGCCGUCAGUACAAAUUCUCCCCGCUGAAGGAGCUGAUCGGUGAAACAAACUUCAUGCAGCGCAUCCCGAAGCACCAGUGGUGGCUGAAGUUGCGUCCGCUUCUAAGAAUUCUGGCGAAACACGACUCCACCUACGAGGAGGAAGGCAUGUACAUCACGGUCGAGGAAGAAAUGUCGACCGAUUCACCGUGCGCCUAA